AUGUCUCGCGCCCUUUCGCCCUUGGCGGCUGCACAUGCUCAGCGGCAUAGGCCAGCAGGCCGCCUCGAUGAAUCUGCCACAAGAAGAAUACCAGCCACAUCACCGCUCUCCAGGGCCCACCUUCAACAGGAAUCAGCUGCAGGAAGCAAGAGAGAAGUAUCCCCUCCAGGAGAGGCGUCAUCGUCCAUGUCGCCUAUGUCUCGUGCACACUGUGGGGCCAGACGUCCAUCCGAGUCGUUGCCCCGCAUGUCGCUCUCUCAUGAGGGUGAGAUGUCUCCGUUGUCCAAAUCACAUUCAAGCUCCGCCGUGCACGAGCGGGACGAGCGCGAGCAUGUCCGAGAAAGGAUGCUUUCUGGUGAGCCGUCACCAUUGUCAAUGGCACAUAGCAAAGAGGACCAUGUUCGGAAAUUCUUCCAUAAUGAAAGCAGUCCGUGA